AUGGCAGUGGGUAUACCACCGGAGCACGACACGGCCAGCAGACCCUGCCCCGGUUCAACUGCCGUGGCCGUCUCGUCCCCGUCCAGUCCACCUUUCCCUCUUCAUCUCCGACUCCGCCGGCGGCGGAACCCCAACCGGCGAGGAUGGGGAACAUCUUCGUGAAGAAGCCCAAGAUCACCGAAGUGGACAGGGCCAUCCUCACCCUCAAGACGCAGCGCCGCAAGCUCGCCCAGUUCCAGCAGCAGCUUGAGAAGGUAAUUGAAGCAGAAAAGGAAGCUGCACGGCAGUUGGUUCAACAGAAGAAGAGAGACAGAGCUUUGAUUGCACUGAAGAAGAAGAAAGCUCAGGAAGAGCUGUUGAAACAAGUUGACACAUGGCAAAUGAAUGUUGAACAACAGCUCUCAGAUAUUGAACUAGCAAGUAAACAAAAGGCUGUAUUUGAAAGCCUGAAGGCUGGAAACGCUGCCCUUAAGUCUAUACAGAAUGAGAUAAACAUUGAUGAUGUCCAAAAGCUGAUGGAUGACACAGCCGAGGCUAAGGCUUAUCAAGAUGAAAUAAAUGCUGUUCUGGGUGAGCAGCUCUCGGCUGAGGAUGAAGAAGCUGUUAUGGCUGAGUUUGAAAACCUAGAAGCUCAGCUUGCCGUCGAGUCUUUGCCAGACACUCCUGUUACUGAAGUAAGACCUGAAGAGAAAAUGAAAGCUCCGGCUGACACAGAAGCUGUGCCUGAGGACAUAGAUGAGGCUAUUGAGCUCCCUGAUGUGCCUAUGAAAGCGCCAGAGAGGCCUGAAGCUCCAGAAAAAACCAAAGUUUUGGAGGAGCCACUGCCUGCUUAGUGGAUGAAACUGAGAUUAGUAGGACACACUUAGUUUGCAGGAAUUGUAACAUACCCACUAUUUCAUUGUACUAUCUUAUUUUCAGCCAUAUCAGAAUUUUAUUGUGUACAGCAAGAAAAUUUGGUGUUUUUGCACCAUCAACU